GUAUUACUAAUUAAUCGCGGUGCAUGUUGCUCGCGCAGUGAAGCUUUAUUUUUAGUUUAUAGAUUUUCUGUAGCAUUUCUAAGGUAUUAUUUUCUUAGAUUAAGCUCUUGCGUGCGAGGGCGUAGCGGUGAUAUAAUAGAAGCAAACAAGUGCUGGCCGACGCACAAUGUUUCACAAAACAAUUCUUGGGCGCAGCUACCUGCUCUUCUUCUUGCUGCUCGCCGUGGGUGUGUUCGCUCAGCAUGAGUGGCAAGCGCGAGAUGCUUUUGACGAAAUCAAGAUCCAAUUCGACAAAGUUAAUGCGGACAACUGUCCAAUACAGCACCAUUCCGACUUAUUUAUGCCCGUGGACGCCAUCUCGCACAAGCCGGACAUCAAGGAGGUUAAUGUGAAUCCUGUCUUCCCUAAUCGCACUGCGCUGCUGCAUCUGCAGAACAUGGCGCUGAGUCGCAGCUUCUUUUGGAGUUACAUUUUGCAGUCGCGUUUCAUACGCCCUGCCAUUAAUGACACAUAUGAUCCUGGCAUGAUGUACUACUUCUUGUCCACGGUAGCCGACGUGUCAGCUAAUCCGUCCAUCAACGCCUCGGCCGUUUACUUUGCGCCCAACAGCUCGUACUCCUCAUCGUACCGCGGCUUCUUCAACAAAACAUUCCCACGCUUUGGGCCCAGAACCUUCCGUCAGGACGAUUUUAAUGAUCCCAUACAUUUGCAAAAGAUAUCAACGUGGAACACGUUCGAUGUGCGUGACUUGGGCGCGCAUCACCCAGACUCCAUAUCAAAGGAUUACACGCACGAUCUUUACAAGAUAAACGAAUGGUACCGGGCCUGGCUGCCGGAUAAUGUUGAAGGACGGCACGACACGAAGAUAACGUAUCAGGUUGAAAUACGCUACGCGAACAAUACCAACGAAACCUUCACAUUCCACGGUCCACCUGGCUCUGAGGAGAACCCGGGUCCCAUUAAGUUUACGCGCCCCUAUUUUGACUGUGGGCGGUCCAACAAAUGGCUGGUGGCUGCUGUGGUGCCCAUUGCUGAUAUCUACCCCCGGCACACGCAGUUCCGGCAUAUUGAGUAUCCCAAAUACACAGCCGUCUCGGUGCUGGAGAUGGAUUUUGAGCGUAUAGACAUUAAUCAGUGUCCGCUGGGUGAAGGCAACAAAGGUCCGAACCAUUUUGCGGACACGGCGCGAUGUAAAAAGGAAACAACGGAAUGUGAACCAUUACAUGGCUGGGGCUUUAGGCGGGGCGGCUAUCAAUGUCGCUGUAAGCCGGGCUUUCGACUACCAAAUACUGUGCGGCGACCCUAUCUCGGUGAAAUUUUGGAACGUGCCUCUGCGGAACAGUAUUACAAUGAAUAUAACUGCAUGAAGAUUGGCUGGAUACAAAAGCUGCCCAUUCAGUGGGAAAAGGCACCUUAUCAUGUGCGAGAAAAGUAUCUUGAUAUGCAUCGCGAGUAUCGCAACUAUACGACUGGCGCAUUUUCGCUACACUCUGAGCACAUAAACAUAGAUCAGGCAUUAAAGUUUAUCCAUGGCGUUAACUAUCGCACAUGCAAAGACUUCCAUCCGCAGGAUUUAAUAUUACGCGGUGAUGUCAGUUUUGGCGCCAAGGAACAGUUCGAGAACGAAGCAAAGAUGGCUGUUAGACUGGCCAACUUUAUCAGUGCUUUUCUACAGGUCUCCGAUCCCAACGAAGUCUAUUCGGGCAAACGGGUGGCCGACAAACCGCUCACCGAAGAUCAAAUGAUUGGUGAAACAUUGGCUAUUUUGCUCGGCGACAGCAAAGUCUGGUCGGCCACCACGCUAUGGGAGCGCAAUAAGUUUACCAAUCGUACCUAUUUCGCACCCUUUGCCUACAAGACCGAACUGAACACGCGCAAGUUCAAAGUGGAGGAUUUGGCGCGCCUCAACAAAACACACGAGCUCUACACGGAAAGGAAGUACUUCAAGUUCUUGAAGCAACGCUGGAACACCAAUUUCGACGACCUCGAAACAUUCUAUAUGAAGAUCAAGUUACGCCAUAACGAGACAGGUGAAUACCAGCAGAAGUACGAACACUAUCCAAACUUCUAUCGGGCGGCAAACAUCAAGCACGGCUACUGGACAGAACCGCAAUUCGACUGCAAAGGCUAUGUGAAGAAGUGGCUGGUGACCUAUGCGGCGCCCUUCUUUGGCUGGGACAGCCUCAAAGUGAAACUUGAAUUCAAGGGCGUGGUUGCCGUAUCCAUGGACAUGAUGCAGUUGGACAUUAACCAGUGCCCGGACUGGUAUUAUGAGCCGAAUGCUUAUAAGAACACGCACAAAUGCGAUGAGAAGACCUCCUAUUGCGUGCCCAUAAUGGGUCGUGGCUAUGAGACUGGCGGCUAUAAGUGCGAGUGCCUGCAAGGCUACGAAUACCCCUUUGAGGAUCUGAUUACCUACUAUGAUGGCCAGCUUGUUGAGGCUGAGUAUCAGAAUAUUGUGGCAGAUAAAGAGACACGCUACGACAUGUUCAAAUGCCGCUUAGCUGGCGCCGGCAGUUUGCAAUCAGCGCUGGGAUUGGUCAUAUCGCUGUUUGGCCUAACAAUCACGCUGCUUUAUAGAUUUAGUUAAGUUCGAGUCGUCGUAGAUGUCGAGGUCGAUUUCGAUUUCGCCAAAUAAUUUAAAACUUCCGUCCAAAACUGAAAAACUCACGUUGACACGAUAAAUACCCUCACAAAAGACAGUACAUAUUUAUGUGCAUAACUACAAAGAAUCUCAGAGACAAAAUUGACACCCGAAAACAAAACGCGAUACAAAAACAAAAACAGCCAGACAACUCCUUUUUUUUCCAUGGCACUCUCCCUCUCUCUCUAUCUCUCACUACACAUUGCCAUCAUUUAUCUCCAAGGCGAUUAAGUUGUAGACAUAAUCUAUUACAAUGAAUCUGGUUAUUUGUCAUUUUAUCAAAGGCAAAGCAAAGGUAGCAGCAGCAGCAACAGCAGAAAAGCGCAAACAGCCGCGCCUCCUGCGCUCAGAUUACGGAAGUGCUGGCAAAAGCGCUGCUGAGGUAGAGGCUGAGGAUGAUGGUGAAGAUGACGAUGACGACGAAGUGGUCGCCGCUAAUGUCCGUGAAGUCGCACAGCUGUGUGUGCGUGGCUGCUCUGCAAACCUGUUAACAUCAAAACCCAGUUAGGCGAUCGUUCUCCUGUACCUACACCCAUCAUCAAUCCAAGGCCCAAAUUCCAACGUCCACGAUCGCUUGGGCGAGGGUUGUUUGUGCUACACGCACACCUUUUUUUUUCCAAGCUAGCGGGGCUGCUGUUAGGCAUAAAAAAGAAGCAAUGCUUGGUGUUUUUCUUAUAUUAAAUCGUCGACGAUGGUCCGUUUUUUUGCAUGAAUUAAAUAUGCCGGCGCUUUUUUCACCUUGAUUAUCAUAUGCGCUUGAAAUUUUUAUUAUCUGCUGCGGCACUGUACCCUGAGAACUUUUUCUAUGACCAACGCCACAGGAACCAGUUUAUCAGCCACUUGGUCUUGGUAUUGGUCUCCUGCCAGGGCAACAAAAUAAAAAACGGUAACUUUUUUCAUUAAAAAAUUGUAUGCGCCGCGCAGCGAGGUAGCUUGGAAAACAGAGUAUAGGAGCGAUGAUACAGGAGCUGGGCAGUCCACCAAAA